AUCACAGAGGAAGGAUGUUCUUCUCUGGCCUCAGCUCUGAGCUCCAACCCCUCCCAUCUGAGAGAGCUGGACCUGAGCUACAACCAUCCAGGAGACAAGGGAGUGAAGCUGCUGUCUGCUGGCCUGGAGGAUCCACUCUGGAGACUGGACACUCUCAGGAUGGACCAUGGUGGAGAGCACUGGUUAAAACCUGGUCUGAGGAAGUAUUUCUGUGAACUUGAAGUCGACACAAACUCAGUCAGUAGAAAACUCAAACUAUCUGACAACAACAGGAAAGUGACAUAUGCGGAGGAGGAGCAGCCAUAUCCUGAUCAUCCAGACAGAUUUAACUACUGGAAUCAGCUGCUGUGUAAAAAUGUUGUGACUGGUCGAUGUUACUGGGAGGUUGAGUGGAGAGGAGCUGUUGAUAUAUCAGUGAGUUACAGAGGAAUCAGAAGGAGAGGAGACAUGAAUGACAGCUGGUUUGGAAAGAAUGAUCAGUCCUGGAGUCUGUUCUGCUCUGGUCAUGGUUACUCUGUCCGUCACAAUAACAGAAGAACACCCAUCUCCUCGUCCUCUGUCUCUAACAGAGUCUCAGUGUAUGUGGACUGUCCUGCUGGAACUCUGUCCUUCUACAGAGUCUCCUCUAACAAACUGAUCCAUCUCCACACCUUCAACACCACAUUCACUCAACCUCUCUAUCCUGGAUUUAUAGUCUGGUUUCCUGGUUCCUCAGUGUCUCUGUGUUCUCUGGAGGAAGGAGAGUCUUUGAAGUGACAGCAGCUUCAACUCUGAGGUUUAGAUGUUGAUGGAGGAGGAUGUUUCUCUUUGGUUCUCAGAUGAAUCGUGUGAUUUCAUGUCAGAAUAUGUUUUUUCUCAGUGGUCCUCUAACCACAGAACUCUCCUGAUAAUCCUGGACACAUGAAGGGUUGGGAAUGUUACUUUAAAAUUGUAAUCCAGUAUAAUUACCCGAGUUGCCUGUUAAAAAUUCAUCAUGUAAGUCAAUAUAAAAUAGUUGGAUUGCUCCAAUAUCAAACAUGUAAAUAAAGACAAGUGUACAGAAGACAUGUCAUCAGCUCAGUGUAUUUAUUAGAGAAACAUAAAAUCUCCUUUAAUAUUCCAGGAAAUGUUGUUUUAGUUGAACAUAGACCAGCAGAACUUGUAUUAGUUCUUAACAAAUUAAGUGCCCAUUAGAUUUUAAAGAAAGGAAAGAAGAUUAAAACCAAAUGACAUGUUUUAUCCCUGUAAUGAAAUGGAUUACAGUUACAUUUUUUUGUAUCCUGAUUACAUAAUGCCUUUACAUGUAAUUUGUUACUCCCCCAUUUUGUUGACAAAAACUAUAAUUAAAAAAAAAAAAUCAUUAAAAAACCUUUUUAAUGAACGAAAACUAAAUAAAAAGUCAGAUAUGACGAUGAAAACUGACAAAAUAUAAUAAAAAUGAGAUGAUAAUGUUAGGGAGAGACAAAUGGAGAAGAAAUCCAGUUAGAAUGAAUCUUUUGAGGGUAGGUUGAUCUAUGCAGAAGAGCCAUUUUAAAAUGCUGCGGCAAAUGCAACAAACGUAGUUCAUGAACAACAAAUCUGAAAAUGGAGGAAUGCCAUCUUGUCACACUUUACAUACGACACAAAGGGCAAAAAGACAAAAGUACAUGUAACGGAUAAUGUAUCAUGAUCAGGUGAUUAUUGAAAAAAAAAAAAAAAAACAAC